AUGAAACGGAUUUUAUCAGACGUUUACAGAAAGUGCUGGGUCGAGGCUGAGGAUAUUAAAAAGUUUCCAGUAAUACUUUGGAAAAUUGGCUAUAGAAAGGGAGAGGAUUCGAACGGUUUUAUGUUCCUGUUGGAGGAGUUUUUUGAAAUUCGGGAAAAGCGCUAUUUGAUGUUAAGAAAUGUUAGUGAUGUGCUAAGGAAAACAAAAGUGAAAGUCAUUUGGAUGGAUGCUUUUAUGUGCGCGUCGUCUGAUUCAGCAAGUGAUGUUAAUGGUGAACCUGUAAGGAAAAGCAGAAGAAAGGAAUAUUCCUACGCGUUGCUGUUAGCAUAUCAGGGCAAGAAGUACAAUGGUAUGCAGGUGCAAAAAGAUUUUCCCACAGUUGAGGGCGAACUGUUCAAAGCGAUGGCUAAAUGCGGAUACAUCUCUGAGGAUGAUAUUCUUAGUCCAGUUCGUUUUGCAUUUCAGAGAGCUGCUAGGACAGAUCGUUCCGUAUCCGCAGCCCGGCAGAUGUGCUCGAUGCGAUUAGCACCAGAAAAUCACGAAUAUUUUCUAAAAACAGCCAGUGAUAAAUUGAACGCACAGUUACCUGAAGAAAUUCGAGUUAUGGGUGUUAGACGUGCAACUCGGUCCUUCAAAGCUCAUAAAAAUUGUGAUAAACGAACUUAUUCCUAUACUUUACCGUCUUAUGCAUUCGCCAGAGCAGAUGAGUUGACAAACAGUGCUUUCCGCAUAAGCGAAACGUCUGUUACUGAAUUGAAUGACUUGCUUGCAUUGUACAAAGGGACGCACAAUUUUUUCAAUUAUACUUCCGGAAGAACUUACGAAGAUCGAAGCAACAUGCGAUAUAUACAUGAUUUCAAAUGUGGUCCAACACAACUUGUUGAAGAUAAGGUCCGGGGUGGUAUGGUUGAAUUUAUCAGUCUUUAUGUCACGGGACAAAGUUUUAUGUUGCAUCAGAUUCGGAAAAUGAUCGGGAUGACGGUGGCAACUUUCAGGGGAUUAUGUGGCAAAACUGAAUUGGAAAAUACAUUUCGGAGUGAGCGAAUGGAUGUGCCAAAGGCACCCGGUCUGGGUUUGGUGUUAGACAAAGUACACUACGAACGAUAUGACAGAUGGUACGAGAAAACACACCAGAAGUUGAAUAAUUGGGGUGACGAAAUUGAAGCUAGGGCUGACGAAUUCCGCAAACUUUACAUAAUUGCGGAAAUUUAUCGUCAGGAGCUUGCCACUCAUUCGAUGUUCCUAUGGUUAACCACCUUACUAAGACAUGAUAUAAUGAUACCCGGAAUCACAAGGGAAUCGAGGGAAAGAUCACCAUUGGGACUAGCUUCCGAUCGUGCAUAUCUUGCAAAUGAGGAAUUAAAAGAAAUGAAAAAGGAGAAAGAAAAUCAGAUCUUCGUUGAAUCAAACGAAGAGCGGCGAGAUCAUCUAGCAGAACUUAUAAAGAAGGAUUCGAAUUCACAAUCAGGAGAAAAUUCAGAAGGAAGUCACACAGACACUAUAGUUGUUAUGGGCACUUCUCCGAGAAGAGUGUUGGACAGUGGGGAGUCCUGAUAUUUCUACUACAUCUUACCUCUGAGGUGUGGGUCAAGAACUUACCAUUGCUCCAGGAAAACAAUGAAUUUCAUCUAUGGUUGUUUCGAAAGAACUUUUUGUUGAAUGCUUUUAUUAAGAAAAUUUAGAGGAUGGUACAAGGAAAAUUUAAUGGGCUCUUUUAACUUCAGUUGAUUAAAGAAAUCUAAAUGUCCACUUCAUAGACGCAUUUGAAUUCUUUCCUAAGAUACAAAAAUACUGCGACUUUUUCUAGAAUGUUGUUUCGUUUUAAUGUUAUCUUAGAAGACGCCACCCACAGCACUCCUACUGAGUGUGUUGUCUGAAAAAUUGAUUGAAUUCGAUUACUUAGCUGUUCAUUUCCAAAACAUUUUUCAAAAAUAGUUUAUUUUAUCUUGUUUCCACUGUUGAAUGAUUAGAUGUUGAUGGCGAAUAAAACUGUUUUUCUGCUGGA